GAUGGGUUUGGAAGCGUUGGUGGAAUCUUACGCGUUCUGGCGUCCAUCUCUCCGAACGCUCACGUUUGAGGAUAUUCCUGGCAUGGGCAAGCAAGGAAUCCCCGGAGCUCACGGAGCGGUUGGAACACCUUCUCAUCUGCUCUCCACCUCUCCAUGCUCGUCGCCUUUCCAGGUCUGCCCUCUCAGCCCGCCGGACUACAGCUGCAGCCGACCCACGCACCCCCUCCACCGCUACGGCAGCCCCACCGAGCCGUUCCCUCCUCCCAGAGGUCCGUCUGCUUACGACGGGGAAGGAUUCUGCUCCCUGACUCUCCCCGCGGCUCAGCUAGGCUACCUAUCCAACCCGGCCCCACAAGGUUACACGGGGCUCCGCCUCCACACGCCACCGUACAGCCUGUACAGCUACACGUUCCCCCCCUCGCCCCGCCUCGCUGCCAGCCCCGAUAAAAUGGCCACCGCUGCCACAGCCAGUCAUCAGAGCCCCUUUCACGGCUCGUCUCCCAACGGGACUUUAACAGACAGCCUGGGCGUGCUCAGCGGAGGACAGCAGGGCUUCUUAUUUGACUCUCGGACAUUAGGAGUGGCGAGCAGCCAGCCGGGAGGAGGCUCACAGGUCACUGCCCAUAUGGGAUGAACUUGACUCGUUCUUCUUGCCACAAAAAAGAAAAAUACAACCAAACCCUGGGAUCGGUGCAAGUUGCUUUUGGUUCAGAACAUAUGAAUUAAUUAUCCUUUGACGCAGCACCGUGGUGAUCUCUGGACGAACAGAUGA